UUGAAACGUGCACAUCACUCGAUUCUACCACCAAAAUCAAAUCAACUCCAUUUCCAAACAAAAUGUUCAAAUUUGUGUUAAUCUCUUGCCUGUUGGCCGCCGCCAUUGCCAUGCCAAUUGAACAAGACGAUGAGGACAAGGCCGAAUUGGAACGCAUGCAAAACGAAUCUGCCCAAUACUCCUUCAGCGCUCAAAUCGAUGAUCAAAUCAACGAUGGCACCAUUGCCCGCGAAGAGACCCGUGAUGGCACCAAGGUCAGCGGCAUGUACUCCUACAGCGAUGGCUUUGUUAUGCGCACCGUUCACUACGAGGCCGAUGAGAAUGGUUAUCGUGUAGUCAAGGAGGAAACCCAAGACAUCGGUGAUGGUCCUCAAUUCAAUGCCAAUGGUCAAGCUGAUGUUCAAGGUUCUUUGAUUGGCAAAUACUCCAUCAAAUUGGAUACUGACGAUAACGAAAGACACUACAAGGAUGUUCGUGCCUAAGAAGUGGCGAGGCGUCAAAGGAUUUCGGUGCUCGUAUCCUUUAAAGUGCAAAAAUAAAAAUGAUGCAUUUCUAACAUUUAGAAAUAGAGACUGAUUGAUCCCCAGUAUAGGCGAGUUGAACAAGAAGAAGACGAAGAAGACACAUCAAAGUCCAUUAACAAAAAGAAAAAUAAUAACACAUGCUUUUCAUUUUUUUGUUGUAAUAUUGUUUAUUAAUUGUAGUGUCCCUUAACUUUAUAAAAAAAACUAUGUAUGUAAAAUAAAUUGUACGUUUUAAGUGGAAA